AUGUCGUCGUUCCCAACAAACGCAACUAAAGAUGUUCACGCGCGACAACUGCUUGAUCAACUCGAGAAGACCAUCGAAGAAACCAUUGAAGAUGUUUCAUCGGCCAAAGAUGUCAAGAAGACGAUCAACCAUUUGAUGAAUCGUUUUCCACUAGACCAACAGAGCGAACAGAAGCUGCAGGAUCUCCUUCUCCGCAAAAAUACUGCCCCCUCUCAUCGUUUCUGUGAUAUCCGUGAUGAGCUCGCUGAAAUAGACAGAAUUCUGGCCCAACGUGACGCUAAGGUCUAUCAGGACGAUUUCCAAACUUUAUCUGAACGUGAACAGAUUAUUAUACACGAAGCAGACAAGCAUCCGCUCGUGAAACGUCUGCGGGUGAGUUAUGAAUUUUCCCUCCGACCACUUAAGCACGACCCGAGAAUUUGCCUGUUUUUGGCAAUAUUCCCAGGAAAUGCUAUUCUAAGGAAAAGGUUUCUUAUUUAUUGGUGGAUUGGGGAAGGGUUGGUCCGGGACGAGGAAGAAGGCGAAAGAGUAUUUGAAGAGCUUUUGGAUCUUGAAUUGCUUAUACCUCAUCAUACUGACCAGUGCCCAAGAGUGAGUAAAUGUAAAAUUUUCCCUUGGAUCCGUUACAUGUUGAUCUCAGAGGCCAAGAAAGAGAAGCUUUUGAACUUAGAGGGCGGGACACCACGUUUUGAUCCUACCCAUUCUCGGCGUACUUGUUUGAUCGCUGAUCCCACUAAUUUGUCUGGUAAAAGCAAACCCAGACUUGAUAAGACCGUGAGGACCAUUUUUAACGUAAACGAGAGAGACCUUGAUUUUCAGCAGCAAGAGCUUGCUGAGCUGGAGAGAUUGGCGGUGCUUCAGCUAGGCCGUUGGCAGGCUUUGCUCACCCAUCACAUUGAAGUUCGAGAUGAAUCGUUCCUAACAGGUUUGAAGACCCAGAAACUCCUCAAGCAUCUCAGCCUGCGUGGGAUUUCAAGAAUUACUAAACUUCCUGAGUCCAUUAGAGAACUGGUCAGCCUCAAAAUUCUGGACCUCAAGGCCUGUCAUAAUCUAGAAACCUUGCCUGAUGCGGUUGCAUCGCUGGAAAAGCUCACACAUUUGGAUGUAUCAGAAUGUUACUUGCUGGAAAGCUUGCCAAAGGGGCUCCACAACCUCACUUCACUGCAAGUACUCAAGGGAUUCAUAAUAGGCAGUUCGCAGAAGAGUCUCAUUAGAUUGCAGCAUCUUCCAAGUCUGAAGAAUCUGAAGCGAUUAAGUAUACAUGUGGGGAGUGAGGCUACCAUCCAGGAAGGUGAAUUCGACAAUUUGAAGCAUUUGACACAGCUCCGGCAUCUGAAAAUAUCUUGGGGUAAGGCAGAUGAUGUUGAAAUAUCUCUAUCUUUUCCGGCAAGGCUGCAAAAACUGGAUCUUGAAGGCAUUCCUUACAAGACGAAGCCAGAAUGGUUAACGCCCAGCAAACUGACGAAUCUGGAUAUGCUAUACAUCAAGGGAGGAAAGCUCAGAGAUUUAUUAGAUUACGAGGGCGAGCGGUGGAAUGUGAAAUAUUUAGUGCUCAAUUACACCCGGAUGCCGCAAAUUAAUCAAGAAACUCUCAGGUCAAAGUUUCCUUUACUCCAAUAUGUGAAGAAGCUGGAGUGGAGAGAUCGUAAGCAAUCCGUGGAGCAUGAAUGGAGCAGUGACAGAUUUGAGCUUCGAUCGAAACAAUUUCCACUUCCAAAUUAUGAAAUAAUAAGACGAGGGAUGAUAUGUUCCUCUCUUAUUUCUGGCUAA